AUUAAUCAAGACGAAGAAGUUGAAGCUGAAGUUACUUGGGAAGAUCAACAAAAAAUAAAUUCGUUCAGUAAAUUGAAUGUUAAGUUCUCAGACAUUGAAGAAAGACAUGAGGAAAAACAGAAAGAACAUGAAUAUCUUGAUGAUCUAUUACAAGAGCUAGAACAACAAGAACUACUAAAUGAUGAAUGUGAACUUGUCAAAUACAAAAUAGGUGAUGCAUUUGUUUCAAUUCCUUUAGAAGACGCUGUACAACGCACCAAAAAGGAAAAAGAACUCAUAUCAGAAGAAUUACAAAAACUCAAGAAUGAAAUGGACUCUUUAACUACUGAAAUGGAUAAAUUGAAGGUGUCACUAUAUGGAAAAUUUGGCAAGGCUAUUAACUUAGAGAAAGAUUGA